GUUCGUCGGAGGACUCUUAAAAAAUUGACGCCGAAAACACGUACGCGUGAUCUUUUAAUAAUGAUCUUAACUUUUUCAAUCUUGUCACGGAAGUUUCUUUACUUAUGAAUGAAUAACGAACAGAGGACCUCACCAAAAGUAGUUUAACGGAUAUUGCUGAAGACUUUUUAAUGAUUAGAUCUUGGCACGUGGAUGGGGAUGCAGGCGACAUGUGCUGACUAACCACGAAGAUGCGUGCUACAACAUGCUGCGUGCUCCUCGCCACGUUGAUCUACAACGCUGGAUGCGACAACUGGCAGGAAUGGUGGACGUACGAUGGCAUUUCCGGUCCGGGCUAUUGGGGACUAAUGAACCCGCAAUGGAAUAUGUGUUCAAAAGGACGAAGGCAGUCGCCAAUCAACGUAGAACCUGACAAAUUACUUUUUGACCCCUUUUUGAGACAAAUACAUUUGGAUAAACACAAGAUUCAACUUUAUGGUUUUAAUAAAGACUUAUAUCACAAUAUGUCCGAAGCGCAGCAUAAAACGCAAGGAAUUGUGGGCAUUUCGCUUAUGGUACAGAUUGGAGACACUCCCAAUCCCGAGUUGCGGCUCAUCACCAGCAGUUUUGAUAAAGUCAAAUUUAAGGGAGCGUCUACGCCAAUAAAACAUUUAUCCAUUAGAAGUCUUCUACCCGACACGGAGCAGUUCAUGACGUACGAAGGUUCGACGACGCAUCCUGGCUGUUGGGAAACUACCGUGUGGAUUAUACUUAAUAAACCUAUUUAUAUUACCAAGCAUGAGCUAUACGCCCUACGAAAAUUAAUGCAAGGAUCACAGGAAGCACCGAAAGCUCCCCUAGGAAACAACGCCAGACCACUCCAACCACUCCACCACCGAACUGUUCGCACGAAUAUUAACUUCCACCAACAGAAUAAUAAUUGUCCAACAAUGUACAAGGAGAUGCAUUAUAAAGCUAAUAAAUGGACUCCUGAUACCAAAGACCACCCUUUCCAUUCGCUACAAUACUCCCUUCACUGAAGUUUCCAUCAAGAUGACGCUGCGAACAAUGGAAGCACCUUUUACAGCAUUAGUGGGUCGACGGGUUAUGUAUAAAAACACUUUUGUAAAUAUUAUUGUUGAAAACUUAAAAUAGACAACUUCAUGUGAUAAGGGCAAUAACGACCAAGUGAAGUGUUAAAACUAAAUACUUAUUUAGGUAAAAGCCAAAUUUCCAUAUGCGGUUUAUUACGACUGUAAAGAAACUCUAGUUAAUUAUAUUAAAGUAAUACACUGUAUAUGGAUUAUAAAAAAAAGAGUAAUAAAUUAAAGCGCAUCGUGUCCAGAAUUAUAAACUAAAUAGGCUAACAAAAUAUUUUAUUAUAAACUAGAAAUUUAAUUUCGCUAAUGAGAGUUAAAUCGGCUGCAGGAACAAAUAUUUAUAUUCGUUUCCAUCUUGUCUUUGUGUCAGCUUGGACAGGGAUGAAUUUCGAAGUCUGGGAAUAAUCGAGCAUCAGCUGGUACUUAAUUAAAGUAAUGCUCACCUCGAGAGAUCCAGAUGUAGACGCUAAGACUGUGAAUAGAACGCGCGGAUUUUGCUUCGAUGAACAAUUUCUACAACCUUUUCCCUGUGAUAAAAUGAACAAUAUUUGCUCCUUUUUUUGUUCGCUAGUUGUACUUUAAAGAUAAAAUUUAAUUAAUUUAUUCAAGUCCCAUUUAGUAGGAAAUAAAAUUACACUCGCUAAUUAUUAUUUAAGUAUUUUUGCGCGUGAGAAUUUAAUGUUAAAAAUUUUCUCUGUUUGUACCAUUAAAGUGGCCACUUUUACCGUAUUGAUUUUAAUUAUAUCGAGAAUAAACUAAUUAUGCUAAUGGGGGCAGAAUGCAGUUUCCAGUUCGUAUUGCUAUUCCAAGUGCCGGAUAUUGGCUGCAGAAGUGUUUUCGCGCAGCGUUUAUCGUCUUGAUGGACCUUAAAAAUUACCACAGAAAGACGAUCGUUAUGAAA